UCAGAAUAGUAUUAAAGAUUCAGCUACUUCAUAUAUUGCGUCAGAGUGUUUCCAGAUAGUCUAUAUAUAAUUUAUACAGAGUGUAUUCACUGAAACAUUGAUUUAGCAGUGUGGCUUGUUAGUUAUUUGGCGAACCAUUUGAAAAGUUAGUUAUCUGUAGCUAGCUAGUUAAGUGGUUGGUAUGUAAGAUUUGGUAGCACAACGCUUAUCUAAACAAAGACCAAAGGCACAGAUAACGCUAAUCAGACGAAGUUUUUUUUAAGUUUCAUUCAAAAAACUAACCAACUGAUAGACUGUAAUUCUUGAUAUUCAGCCGGCGAGCGGAUCUGACACUGUUGCGGUCCUCUCCGGUUCUCAGCUGACCAAGAUGCAAUUGCAGCCGCUAGCCCCAGUUUUGCUGUUGCUGGGGAACACGGUGCUCACGGCGGCCGGCGAGCCUAUUAGCACCAGCAUCGCCGUAGGAAUGGCAGCCGUUCUCACCGGCCUCCUCGCCAGUUACCAAGGCGUGCUUUAUUACUUCCACGAGUGUUGCAGAGAAGAAUGGAUAUCAUUUAACAAAUCAGGUUUGGAAAAAGACCUGGAGAGGAAGCUCUUCGGUCAGCACAUAGCGUCGCGGGUUGUCCUGAAAGGCGUCACUGGAUUCAUGAACAACAAAUCCCCGAAAAAGCCGCUGGUUCUGUCCCUCCACGGGUCCACAGGGACAGGGAAGAACUUCGUCAGUCAACUGAUCGCCGACAACAUCUACAAAAAGGGAAUGACCAGCAACUACGUCCACCUGUUCACGUCCACCGCUCACUUCCCCCAUCCAAGUCAGAUUGACACUUACAAAGUCCAGCUGCAACAAUGGAUCAAAGGGAAUGUGAGCAGUUGCCCUCGGUCCCUGUUCAUUUUUGAUGAGAUGGACAAGAUGCCCCUGGGGCUCAUCGAUAGCAUCAAACCCUACCUGGAUUACUAUGACAACCUGGAAGGAGUGUCCUAUCGCCAUGCAAUUUUCAUUUUCCUCAGUAACGCAGGUGGGCAGAACAUCUCGCAAGUGGCAUUGGAUUUCUGGUUAAAAGGCAAAGACCGAGAGGAGAUACAGCUGAAGGAUCUGGAAGCAGCAUUGUCUCUGGAGGUCUUCAACAACAAAAACAGUGGCUUCUGGCACACCAGUCUGAUUGAUAAGAACCUGGUGGACUUCUUCAUCCCCUUCCUGCCCCUGGAGCGCAGACACAUCCGCGCGUGUGCCCUGGCGGAGAUGGCGGCUCAGGGCUUACCCUUGGACGAGGAAAUCGCGGGCCGGGUGGCUGACGAAAUGAUCUACUCCCCAAAGGCAGAGAGGGUCUUUGCAUCGAAGGGCUGCAAAACCACCAGGAGCAAGCUGGACUACUACACAUAGGGCUGUCGGUGCACAGACAAUUUCCUUGCACUUUCCAAAGAACUGUCAGCAGGUUCUGCCCGGGACGAGAAGUCCUGGAAUAGCCAAGGGCCAGAAGCUGAGCAUGUGGAGGGCCUUGUUCUUUUCCUGUCCCAGAGUGCUCAAAAAGACAUCAAAUCCUUCCAAUAAAUUUCUUUGCUGAAUGAAAGGAAGGUGUAGGGUGAAGGGAAAUGGUCCUGUUUUAACAAAUGUUCAUUAUUCUUAACAUGUGUUUUUAAUUCAAAAUCUCUAAGGUGAUUUUUUAUGACUGUGAAGAAGAAAUAAAUUAUGGAAGCUUAAAUAUGACAAAGUGGCUCAUGACAAGCAAGGCAGCUUGUCAUUGAUUCUGAAAAUUUUCCCUGCCAGUGAUUGUGUACUGGUUAUGUCUAUGUGGACUUUGGUUGUUUUUAUGAAGAAAAUAUGCCUUAUUUUAUCCUUGAAAAAAAGUGAGAGGAAAACUUCCCAAGUCUGUUUGUACUGCUGGUUCUGAUGUAAAGAAUCCUGUCCACAUCAAGAAAUGGAUGCAAAGGCACACCAGUUACUUGUCGUGCAGGAUAAAACUGGAUUAUAUCUGGACUAGAUCGUAUCUGGAAUUAGAGACCCUAAUUGAAGUAAUAGCCUUUGUAAGCCUGCCAUGUAAGUAGGUAGCAGCAUAUCCAGAUACUGUUUUCUGUUUGAUUCAGCUGUAAGAACAGCACAUUGUGUCAGUUCCACAGUGCCUUAUAUAUGUUGCUUUCUGUAACCAUUCUUUCAUUCAUGUGCAGCUGUUACACUACUCUGCAAAUUUCCUUCACUACAUUUGAAACAAAUGGUCUUCAUGUUCAGAGGUGAGGUAAAUUUCCACUUCUCAGCCCUGGGAUGGAAUGUUGAUUCAGUUGAUCUGAAUUAGUGAGUGAUCAGCAUGGCUGGUUAUCUCUCCUCUGGGUCUUCCCUUGAUUAAAACCAACCUUGUACUAAGACAGUGAGUACUUGUAUGUGUUACAAUGAAGAAUACCUUUACGUGUCUGUGUUACGGCAGUGUUUUGAAGGUUGGUUGAGAGAGCAGAAACCAUCUGAGUAGAUCUGGCACUGAGUGAUUGAUUUUUUUCUUGCCAGUUAAAUCUGAACCAAGUUGUCCUGAGUGGCAGCUGGGGGGGGGGGCAUAUUUGUAGCCACUAUAGUAUUUGAACACAUCACUAUUUUGGAGGGUAUAUGGAAAAUGCAGUGUUCUUUGCAUGGCCCUGGUGGGCCCAAUUCACAGAUGAUUUUGGCUUUUGGCAUCUGAUUGGUUUGUGAGUAGGAGAAAAUGGUGAAAUGGCUGUGCACAUCCAUGACUUUUGUCCCCCUCAUCUCUGUUAUAGAUGUCCUUAUUGAUUUCCAAAAAUCCAUUGCUUGCUUGCAUGUGGUUUAGAUGUCCUGGUAGACUGAAUUCCUCUGCCUGCUGUUUAUAUUUUGCAGAGACUGCCUAAGGCAGUGACAGUG